AUGGGACAAGUACCCAGUGGAAAUGCUCCUGGACGUGGCUUGAAUAAGGAUAAAGAUAAUAAGAAGAAAGAGGGGUCUAAAAAAUGGGAGCCACCAGUACCUACACGUGUCGGUAAAAAGAAGAAGCAUUCCGAGUCGGCUGCAAAGCUGCCUGUUGUGCAUCCUACAACACGGUGCCGAUUGAAGCUAUUGAAGCUUGAGCGUAUCAAAGACCACUUGCUUCUUGAAGAGGAGUUUGUUAUGAAUCAAGACCGUCUUCGCCCUAAAGAUGAUCAUGAUGAAGAAGAGCGUACAAGAGUCGAUGACCUACGCGGUAGUCCUAUGGCUGUUGGUUCUUUAGAGGAGAUUAUCGAUGAUGAGCAUGCCAUUGUGAGUAGCUCGACGGGUCCUGAGUACUACGUGGGCAUCAUGAGCUUUGUUGACAAAGACUUGCUGGAGCCUGGAUGCAGUGUGCUUCUGCACCACAAGACCAUGGCUGUGGUGGGCGUCCUAUCCGAAGAUACAGAUCCAAGCGUAAGCGUCAUGAAGCUGGAUAAGGCACCAUCAGAGAGCUAUGCGGACGUCGGUGGUCUUGAAUCUCAAAUUCAAGAGAUCAAGGAAUCAGUGGAAUUACCGCUUACGCACCCGGAGCUGUAUGAGGAGAUGGGUAUACGUCCACCAAAGGGCGUGAUCUUGUAUGGUGUGCCUGGAACUGGUAAAACGCUUUUGGCGAAGGCUGUGGCGAAUCAGACCUCAGCUACAUUCCUCCGUGUCGUUGGCUCGGAGUUGAUCCAAAAGUAUCUGGGUGAUGGCCCUAAACUUGUUCGUGAGCUCUUUCGUGUGGCUGAUGAACAUGCGCCGAGUAUCGUGUUCAUUGAUGAAGUCGAUGCUGUGGGCUCGAAACGUUACGAUUCGUCAUCUGGCGGUGAGCGUGAAAUUCAGCGUACGCUGCUGGAGUUGCUAAAUCAACUUGAUGGCUUCGACUCACGCCAUGAUGUCAAGGUGAUUAUGGCUACUAAUAAGAUCGAGAGCUUAGACCCAGCUUUGAUUCGUCCUGGACGUAUUGACCGUAAAAUUGAAUUCCCCCUGCCAGACCAAAAGACUAAGAUGCAAAUUUUCCGCCUGCACACCUCGCGCAUGAACUUGGACCCUGAUGUCAAUCUGGAAGAGUUUGUGGCAAUGAAAGACGAUCUCAGUGGCGCCGAUAUCAAGAGCCUGACCACAGAGGCGGGUCUGCUGGCCCUGCGUGAGCGCCGCAUGCGCGUAACUAAGAAAGACUUCAUCACUGCCCGUGAACGUGUGAUUGACCGCAAGAAUGAAGGUACACCAGAGGGCCUGUAUCUAUAG